AUGAGUUAUAUUGCAUCUUCAUAUGUGAUUGAGCAGAUUGUUCUGCAACAACCAGAUGCAACACCUGUCUUUAACAGUGUUCCACCCCCAAUAUGGAAUUAUUACACUCAGAAAUAUCCAGAUGGGGUGGAAGCUGCUUUGAAUCUCAAACAGAAUCUCAAACUAAGAACAAUUGAGAAUGAAUUGCCCGAGAGCAUUGAUGUUACAUUCUCUCCGUCCGACACUGACAAUGAGUCACAGGUGAUAAAGACCGUUGUUGACCAAGUGUUAGACGAAGAGAGUGAUAACUCGGAGCCUGAGAUUGUGAAAACUCAGUCUGAGAACUCAAUGUCUGAUUCUGAAGAAGAUGGUAAUUUCUUAGACAGAUUUAUACCAAAAUCAGACAAAGUCGCGAAUGAUGAUUCGAUCAUUGUGGUUUACACAAUGGUUGGAAUUGACAAGCUUUACUCUGAUUUUGAGUAUCUGCUCCAGAAUGCUAGGAUUGAGAGUGUUGAAAAGGUGUUUAAAUUGGUCGAGAUUGACAUUUCAGAAGUGAACAACAACACAUUCUUUUCAAAACCUAAAAAGUCUUUUGUAACUCAACAACCUAAAAAGUCUGGAAAGAAAGGGUCGGUGGGUAAUCAUGAUCAAAACAAAAGACAAGGUAACAACUUGAAAAAGAAAGGUGUUGGUUUUGAAAAGAAGAUGGCAAAAAAUGAGGGUAAACCAAAGGAAAGGUUGGGAGAAGUGUUUGUUACUGGUAAGAGUACUGUUGAGGAAAAAGAGUAUAUUUUCAGUCGAAAAGCCAUUGAUGAUUUCAAUGCAGCGAAAAAGUUGAUAGAUGAGACAUUCAAAUCAACUUUUGUCGAGUAUGACAAAAGAAUUUGUUAUCGCUGUAAUGAAAUUGUUCACAUGGCCAAGCAAUGCAUGAAAAAUCUUGAAAAACCUAUUUUGCAAAAUCCAAGACCUAAAACUCCAACUGAUAACAAGGGUAAAAAACCAAUGAUUUCACCAGUUCGUAUUUUGAAGAGAGGUGAAUUUCUGAAGUCUGAAGAAAAACCAAAAUCAACUUUUGAGGUUGGCGAAUCUUCAAAAGUCCAAAAGACUUCAAAGAUUUAUCCAAAAACGAAAGUUUUUGAGAAUCAAUCUUGGGUGGUGAAACCAAAAUCAUUAGUUGAAGAGAAAAAGAUGGAGAAUGUUUUGAAAACUGAAUCAAAAGUUUUUAAAGAUGAUGUUUAUAACUUGAGUUUGAACUUGAUAAACUACUUGAAAAGUUUCCACCGAUUAAAAAAGAAGAGUUCAAAUCAAAAGUCAAACCCGUGGUCCCAAAUGUCACCUUUAGGGCUGCCGAAGUCGUUUAUCUCGAAAUGGAUAAUGGACAGCGGGGCUUCAAGGCACAUGACCGGAAUGCUAGCUUUGCUCUAUGACGUCAACUCUCUCAACGGAGGAUAUGUAGGAUUUGCUGGGAAUCAGGGUGGAAGGAUAGUCGGUCAAGGAACCCUGACGAAUAGAGUUAUAUCGUUUGAUAAAGUGAACUACAUAAUAGAACUUGAAAACAAUCUGCUGAGUAUCUCACAGAUUUGUGACAAGUCUUUUACCGUACAUUUCACUAAAAAUGAAUGUCUUGUCUUAAAACCUGGUGUUAAAAUUCCUGAUGAUAUGGUGCUGUUGCGAGCUCCACGAGAAAAUGACCUGUAUAUUCUUGAUAUGAGUGUUGCAACAACAACAGAUCAUCAGAAACAAUGUUUUGUGACGAAAACCAAAGCGACUGAAAAAGAGUAA